AUGUUCUAUCAGCCAAAUAAUGAUCAUGAUUUAGAACUAAAGGAAACAUUAGAUAAAAAAGAAUCUUUUCUUGAAAAUAUAGAAUAUAACAAUAUACUAGAAAUACAAGAAUCUGAUAAUCAAAUUCUUACACCUUUACAAAUUGAAAAUUUUCAAAAAAUAUUUGCUCAAUAUACUAUCAAAGAAAGUGAUGAUGAACAAGAGACUGACGAGAAAAUGACAGUUUUUUUAGAUCAGCAGGAAAAAGAAGCUUUUUUUGUUAAACUUUGUACAUUAGUUUGCUGUAAAACUAGAAUGUGUUUAACUAAAAUUGAUCAUGAAUUUGCAUUUCAAAUCUUUGAUAGUAUUCGAAAAUUAUCAAAAACAGAACAUAAUAUUAUUAAACCAAUUGUACACGCACUUGCGGGAAGAAAAUCCAAUCGCGCUUUACCAUUUGCAGCUAUUUUAAAUGUUCUUACAUUUAUAGGUAAUUAUUCAAAUUGUUAUGGAUUGCCAUCACCGG